AUGAUCGGUUCAACGCGUCUUUUGAUUUUUCUAAUUGCAACGGUUGCAACGGCUUCUGCCAUGGGAUGGUUUGGAGGUGGUGGUGGUGGUGGCCAUUCGGAAGGAUGUGAAGGAGACUGGCCAGAAGAUUUCCCACAAGAACCAGAAGGGUUCAAGUUCAAGUGCAGAUGUCCUUGUAAAUGUAAGCCAAAACCAACUGCUGCAUCCACGACGCAUGCGGCAACCACUCCUUCGUCAACGGCAAUUUCGUCGACAAUUGCAACAACAACUCCUUCUACAACUCCAACUCAUCCUGCAACACAAUCUUCUCCACCGACGACAACAUCCACUUCAACAUCCACAUCGACUUCCACCUCAACAACUACUACUACCAAAAUUCCGCCCAGCUUGUCUACUACCACAACUCCAUCAACGACAACCACACCUCCCACUCCAAUUCCGACAAAGCCAGAAGGAACAUUCCUUAGAGGAGAAGAAGUUCCUGUCGCUAUGGAUGAGUCUGAUGGCGGUGAUAAAAUUGAGUCUAGCACGACAUUCUGGAUUAGAAGCCCAACACCUCCAAACACUCCCUUCCCAGUUGGUGGAGCCGGACCUGCUCUGUAUGCUACCGUUAAAAUCGAUGCUGCUCACGCUCCGGAUACCGCUCUUGCACCUUCGAAUAUUCCUUCUGAUGGCGACUUUGACUUCCAAACAGUUGGAACUCCAAAACCUCCAAGGAAAGUUGUUGAUCCUGAUGCUUAA